AUGGACUCCCUGGUGUAUAGGUAUGAGAAACACAUUUCUGUUGUUUUUAAUACCAGCGUAUGGUAUUUUGUUAUGGUUGCCUUCACGGACUAUGACAGGCUCCAUGCUGUAGAGUUUGUGAACGUGAAAAACCUUGACAGCUGUUGGCAAACAUUUCUGGUGUUUUUCUCUGAGGUUGGUUCGGAUAAGUCUCUCCAAGAGCUGUCACACAAUGUACCUGUUGGCCAGGACACCCUAAUCACUGAGGAAGUGAUUGGAGAUUUGAAGCCAGGCACUGAAUACCGAGUGAGCAUAGCUGCUUACAGCCAGACUGGCAAAGGGAGACUUAGCUUUCCUCGGCAUGUGACCACUUUGUCUCAAGAUUCCUGCCUGCCCCCUGAAGCGCCCCACCAGCCACAUGUCCUGGUGGUUUCUGAUUCUGAAGUGGCCCUCUCUUGGAAACCUGGAGAAAAUGAAGGAAGUGCCCCAAUUCAGUCCUACUCUGUGGAGUUCAUCAGGCCAGAUUUUGACAAGAGCUGGACCAUAAUCCAAGAGCGGCUGCAGAUGGACUCCAUGGUUAUCAAAGGCCUUGAUCCAGACACCAACUACCGGUUUGCUGUGAGAGCCAUGAAUGCCCAUGGCUUCAGCCCACGCAGCCGGCCCAGCAACACCAUCCGAACCCUGGUGCAGCCUGUGAAUUCUUCCAGAAGAGCCCUGCAGCUGCUGCAGGCCCUGUUUACCCAAGAGGGGGGCUCUAAAAAGGAAGCCUACCCUGGGUAG